GCUUAGCCAAUACCCAUUACAUUUACAUAUAUAUAUAUAUAUAUAUAUAUAUUUUUUGUGUCUUAAAUUUCUUUCACUUGUGAAAAUUAAUAAAAAUGGAGAGUUUAAAUAAGUGUGAUGCAAAUUAUGCAGCACUAACACCAAUUACGUUUGUGAAAAGAGCAGCAAAGUUUUAUGCAGACCGGACUUCUAUUAUUUAUGGUGAUGCCAGGUUCACUUGGAAACAAACUUAUGAUCGCUGUUGUCGUCUCGCUUCGUCCCUCAUUUCCCUUGGCCUUGCCAAGAAUCAUGUGGUAUCAGUAUUAGCUCCGAACAUACCAGCAGUAUAUGAGAUGCAUUUUGCAGUACCAAUGGCUGGAGGUGUGCUAAACACAAUCAAUAGUAUGCUUAAUGCUGAAACAAUCAAGACUAUUCUUACUCAUUCAGAGGCCAAGUUUCUAUUUGUGGACUAUGAGUUCAUUCCAAAAGCUUGCCAAGCAUUGCGCCUACUAAAAACCGAAAACAAACAAGCGAUUCUACCCACUAUGAUCCUGAUAAAUGAAAUAGGGUAUCCUAUAAACAACAAUGGAUCUGAAAUCAAGCAAGGUGAUUUCAAAUACGAGCAACUAAUGAUGAAUAGCAAUCAUGAUUUGGUGGCCGAGUCCUCCCUUCCUGUUAUGGAUGUCGAUUACCCUGUAAGAUUAAAUCGCAAACGAAGCUAUAAUAUGGUUGAAUAUGAACAAAUGAUCGAAUUGGGGAAUCCUGGUUUCGCAGGUGUUAAAUUGGUUGAUGAAUGGGAUCCGAUUACUUUGAACUACACUUCUGGCACGACUUCUGCACCAAAAGGAGUCGUGUAUAGUCAUCGUGGGGCGUAUCUUAGUACUCUAAGUAUGCUUCUAGGUUGGGAAAUGGGGACUGAACCUGUUUAUUUGUGGUCAUUACCGAUGUUUCAUUGCAACGGGUGGACAUUCACUUGGGGGAUAGCAGCUCGCGGAGGGACUAAUGUUUGUAUUCGCAAAACAACUGCGUCAGAGAUUUAUCGGAGCAUUGCUUUACAUGGGGUUACACACAUGUGUUGUGCACCUGUCGUGUUCAAUAUCAUUCGUCAGGCCAAACCAGAGGAACGAGUGCAGAUUAGGUCACGAGUCCAAAUCCUAACGGGUGGUGCCCCUCCGCCUGCUGUGUUGGUACAAGAGAUGGAGGAUCUCGGGUUCCAUAUUGUGCACGCUUAUGGACUAACAGAGGCUACCGGGCCUGCUUUAGUGUGCGAGUGGCAAACAAGAUGGGAUCCAUUACCCCGCGAGGAAAAAGCAGAGUUGAAAGCGCGUCAAGGGGUGAGUGUCCUUAGCAUGGAAGAUAUUGAUGUGAGGGACGUCAAGACACAUAAACCUGUGCCUCAUAACGGAUCAACAACAGGUGAGAUUGUGAUUCGAGGAAGUGGCAUGAUGAAGGGAUACUUAAAAAACGAGAAGGAAACUUCUAAGGCUUUUGAAGGUGGAUGGUUUCAUACAGGUGAUGUUGGUGUGAUACACCCAGAUGGAUAUAUAGAAAUUAAAGACAGGCUAAAAGAUGUGAUUAUAUCAGGUGGUGAGAAUAUCAGUAGUGUGGAAGUCGAAAACGUGAUAUCUAAACAUCCUAACGUGUUGGAAGUAGCUGUUGUUGCAAUGCCUCAUUCGCAUUGGGGUGAAACCCCAUGCGCGUUUGUGGUUAAGAAGACUAACGAGAAUUUGACCGAGCAAGAGGUGUUGAUACAUUGUAGGAGUAACUUAACAUCCUACAUGUUACCUAGUAGGAUUAUAUUUUUGGACAAGUUACCCAGGACCGAGUCUGGUAAACCACAAAAGAAUUUGUUGAGGGUUAUAGCCAAAAAAUCGGUAAAUUGGAGUAAUCGACAUCAUGAAAAUCACUCCAUAACUACAGCUUCACGCCUAUAGUCUAUCUUAGUUUACCUAGUUCCUUUAUUAACUUGUUUAGUAUCAAUGUACAUUUGAUUCCCAAGAGUUUCUAUUUUUUUGAGUUAUUUUGUCUAUUUUAGUUUUGAGACCCACAUUAUAAUUAUAUAUAUAUAUAUAUAUAUAUAUGUAUCGCGUUUGAAUAAUGUUAUUGUGUAUUUACUAUGACACAGUUGAAUUAUUUUUGUAACCAAAAUAUGUUAG